GAGCGUCACAGCGCCGGUGUCCGUCCCCCAGUCAGAGUGAAAGUUGUCUCCGCUUGGAAAAGCUGGGGGUUCGGGGCUUGCUAGUUUCCACCGCCGCUGCUUCACAAGCUUUCUCCCGGAGUAAUGAGGCGGAAGGAGAAGAGGCUGCUGCAGUUCGCUGGACUGCUCAUAGCGGCUCUUCUUUUCCUCCCAAACGUCGGGCUGUGGUCUUUGUACAGGGACCGAGUGUUCGACAACUCGCCUGACACAGUGGAAGGUCCGGGCGGCAUCCCCCAGAUACAGGCAGUUAAUCGGGCGGGGAAGGAUGCUCAGGUGGGACCCGGUGGCGUGCGGAGGAUAGACUGGCAUAACUAUGAAGCAAUCGAUAGAGAUUUAUCUCGAUCUGGUAACGGUGAACAGGGGAAAGCGUUCCCUUUGACGGACGCUGACAGGGUCGACCAGGCCUACAGGGAGAAUGGCUUCAACAUUUAUGUCAGCGACCGGAUCUCCCUCAAUCGCUCCGUCCCUGACAUCCGCAAUCCAAACUGUAUAAAGAAGCUGUAUGCAGAGAAGCUGCCCAACACCAGCAUCAUCAUCCCAUUCCAUAAUGAGGGCUGGUCGUCGCUGCUGAGGACAGUUCACAGCGUGCUUAACCGCUCUCCUCCACAGCUCAUCGCAGAGAUCAUCCUGGUCGACGACUUCAGCGACAAAGAGCACCUCAAGGAAGCACUAGAAAAGUACAUGGUGCGGUUGCCAAAGGUUCGCAUCCUGAGGACCAAGAAGAGGGAGGGGCUGAUCAGGACUCGCCUGCUGGGAGCUGGUGCUGCUAAAGGAGAAGUCAUCACCUUCCUGGACUCUCACUGUGAGGCCAACGUCAACUGGCUCCCUCCAUUACUGGAUCGAAUCGCAGAGAACAGGAAGACCAUCGUAUGUCCGAUGAUCGAUGUGAUCGACCACGACAACUUUGGCUAUGAGACGCAGGCAGGGGAUGCCAUGCGAGGGGCGUUUGACUGGGAAAUGUACUAUAAACGGAUACCCAUCCCGAAUGAGCUGCAGAAAGAUGACCCCAGUGAACCGUUUGAGUCACCAGUGAUGGCAGGUGGGCUGUUUGCUGUUGACAGGAAGUGGUUCUGGGAGCUCGGAGGGUACGACACGGGUCUGGAAAUCUGGGGAGGAGAACAGUACGAGAUCUCCUUCAAGGUGUGGAUGUGUGGUGGAAGGAUGGAGGACAUUCCUUGCUCGAGGGUAGGACACAUCUACAGGAAGUACGUCCCCUACAAAGUUCCCGGUGGGGUCAGCCUUGCCAGGAAUCUGAAGCGUGUGGCAGAGGUGUGGAUGGACGAGUACGCCGAAUACAUCUACCAGCGUCGGCCUGAGUACCGUCACCUGUCGGCAGGAGACAUGACGGCUCAGAAGGAGCUGAGGAACCGCCUCAACUGCAUGAACUUCAAGUGGUUCAUGAACAAGGUGGCCUGGGAUCUGCCCAAACACUACCCACCAGUGGAGCCACCUGCUGGAGCGUGGGGAGAGGUGCGUAACGUGGGCAGCAGCAUGUGUCUAGAGAGUAAACACUUCGUAUCCGGGAGUCCCAUCCGCCUGGAGAACUGCGUGAAGGGGCGGGGCGACGUCAGCUGGAGCCAUGGACAGGUGUUCACAUUCGGAUGGAGAGAGGACAUCCGGGUGGGCGACCCCAUGCACACUAAGAAAGUCUGUUUCGAUGCCGUCUCCCACAACAGCCCCGUCACCCUGUAUGACUGUCAUGGCAUGAAGGGCAACCAGCUGUGGCGCUACAGAAAGGAUAAGAGUCUGUAUCACUCCGUCAGUAACAGCUGUAUCGACUGCAGCCCCAACGAGCGCCGUAUCUUCAUGAACACGUGCGACUCCUCCUCCGCCACACAGCAGUGGCUGUUUGAGAAAACCAACUCCACCGUUCUCGAACAAUUCAACCGGGGGGCCAACUGAAGCCCUGCAGCAUCCACGAAAAAACUCCUGACGCACACAGACAUGGAUCGGCUGCUGCUGUGAAAUGGGUUUUAUUUGGUUCCCCAAUUAACCUGAAGGUGGCAGCUGUUUCUCUUAGGGUCGCUCAGACUGAGGCAUGAUGGGAUACCGUGGGGGAAGUUGUUUAAAAACAUCAGUCAGAGGAAACACUGAGUUGAGCUUUGAUAGAUGGGUUUGUGUUUAAAAGUGAUUUUGUAUGAGAUGUAUUUGCUCUGUCACGGCAUUGCUGUGGCGGUGGGUCUGACUCACUUACUGAUUUGGCUGCUGAUUGCUUAUCUCACAUACUUCUUCUCCCUUUUCUCAUUCCAUUUGUUUUAAAUUGUGCUCUGCCUUUAACCAUUGCCUUUCUGUUCCCUUGCGCAGUUUUAUAUUCUCAAUUUUCUCUGUCUAUCCACCUUUAUCCGCUGACUCCAUCUCUUUCCCCUUCUGUCUCUGCCGGUCCGCCUCCGCCUGCACGUCCAUCUCUAUCUGCCUGAAUGACUGCACCUUUUCCAUUCUUCCUCUCAAAUCCCCUUAUGUCUCUCCAGCUCUGACAACCUCCCUGGGGGGGGGGGGGGUGGCUCCUGCUGAGCCAAAGUCAUCCUGACACCUGGGUGAAGCCAGGCAGAACCACUCUGAAAAUCACCUGGUGAAUUGAUUCUCUUUUACAACCCUCAUCCACCUUCUGUUCCCUCCUUCAUCCUCCCCUCGUGUCCCCUGCUCCCCCCCACUUCUCUGUGGCCACUGUGGGGCCGAGCUGCCCUGAAUGUAGCAGGUGGAGAUUGAAAAAGAAAGUGGAACAGCGACCUCUUUAAUGCCCCUCAUGCCUUUUUUCCUCUGUUCUGAACUUUGCUGGCUGUAUUUAUUGAUGACUCGUCCGCGGGUUUGUCACCGUGCCACAUUCAUCUUUUCUUCCUCGGAAGCGAGCGCUAUCCAAUGCCGGGCUUUGUGCAGGCCAACUCUUGCUGGCUAAGGGUUUGUUUGUUGUGAGGGUGGUGUUGGUGGCUGCUGUCACACCUCUUAGAGUCUUCCCCUGCUUCCUGUUCGACCUUUGCUGCUCCCCGUACGACUCCGCUGAUCAGUCGCCGGAACGACCCCGUCACAUUCUGCCGAGCGCAGGGUCGCAUCACGGCGCAAAGCAGCGGGUGGGACUGCAAAUGGACGCCUGCCUGGCCGGAUGACUGGCUCUGAGACUGUCAGGCCAGCUGAUUCACAGCAGGGCCGCGCGUUUGGCUGGCUGCCGAGCUGACACAUCACUUUAGCGUUCAGUGCGAGCAGGAGGAGACGAAUAGGAGAAUCACUCUUGGUAGGCUCGCUGAGGCAGCUCUGGGAUUGAGACGAAUGGGGGUUUAAAAUGCAUAAAGCACUUGUGUAAUGAUAAACUUGAAUGAAAUCUUCGUGCCUUGUUGGAAGAGGACUAGAUUGGCGUGUGUAUUUUCUGAAAAUGUGUGUCUGUGUAUGUGUGUGUGUGUGGGCCAAAGAUGUCUACAUCAGCAUAGGAAACAAUGCAAUCUAUUCAGGAUGUGACUUUUCUUGAAAACGAAAGAAUGGUUACAUCAGAAAACUAUUCCUGAAUCUCAAUCAAAUUAAAGAUGAGUUGGGCUCGACUCUGGUGCUGUUCAUUGAGGGUGCCACUGGCUUUGUGAGUCUUGUAUGGCUCUCUGAAUGAACACACAUGUAACUGCUGGUUGUGAAUAGAGCUAAUGAGACUUUUUUCCCCACCACAUUUUCCUCCUGCCUUGAAACUAUUAGCCCUAAGAAGAGGCGUUCAAUCACUACACGAUGCUGUUUUCCCACCUGUUCAAUCCAAAGUACUUUUAUGGGAAAGGGAAUUGUUGUUUACUUCAUUGUGUUUGCCCUAUUGGUUUUUCUAUCCAUUUGAAUUACAUGUUAUGUUAUCAUUUGUUUUAAACCUGUGAUUAAGCUGGUUAGGGUCCUGCUCAACGUGAUUUUCUGGCAUUUCCUUGUCUGUCGGCUGCACCCAUUCUCUAAUCUGGUUUUGUGAUAAAGAACAAUGUAUAGUAUGUGUCAUUAUCGGGUGUGCUUGGUUACACGUCAACACUUCAAAAACAUGUCCUAUACUCAACAUACCUUAGAAAAGGUACCUUUAAGUCACAAAUUAUGCCAACUUGGACAUAUUCGUUUGCUAAAAUGACACUGAUUCAGGUUAGAACACUUUUAAGAUGACAUAAGGAGAAUAGUUACUAUAGACACGUAUAACACUUUGCAGCCCAUGCAUCAGUUGUGAUUUGUCCAACAAUUGAGAGUACUUUAUAACGCUAUUUUUUGUUGCAAAUCCAUCGCUAAUCGUUGUAUUCAAUAUGGCCAACUGUCUCUCUCUGAAAAAAAAUCCUGCCUUUGCACACCUGAUAGAAGACCAUGGCGAUUUAAAUUUAGUUCAGGAUUCCUGUGUCCUUUUUCCCCUGACCUUUUCGCUACAUGCCUGAACAACUUGUACAUUGUCAGAUUGUUAAGAGGGGAGUGGGAAUUGCUGCUGCAGACCACUGAUUCUCAGAUGUAGCCAGGAUUUCACUACAGGACCAAACAGGACAGAAGUGAAAACCCAUCAGACCUUUUACAGCCUGAUUCAUUUUAUGUUUCCUACUGUUUCUCUUUGUUUGUUCCUUUUAAAUCAAUGUUAUCUGGGUGAUUUGUCAAAGUCCUGUUCGGAUCAGUAAUGCAAUCAGGGUUGUCCAAUCAUGUGACUUUAUUGUGAAGGACUGUUUGAUUCAAACACUGUACUUGAGCACACACUUGUGUUGAAGGCUGAGUACACAUAGCAACAUUUUGGGCUGUAAUGAUAAACUGUAGUAUUUUUGUUGUACUCCUAUAGUACCUUCUAUCUUAGAAGGUCUCUCCUUGGUUUUACAAAAUAACUUGAUUCAUGUCAGUUAAACCUUAGAUAAAAUGUGUUUAAACAUACCAUACAAAGAAGAUGAUGAUGUUUUAAGAAAUGUCAGUAAAACACGUCACUUUAAAUCCCUGCUGAUACAAUAUGCAGUUCUUCAGUACUUUUUCCUGAAAUAGGAAACAUUGCCAACGAUAUUGAAAGCAACUGAACUGAGCAUGUAUGCCUCAUUUUAGCUGGGGGUGUUGGUGCUCUGUCCCAAUUAGUGUGAGCAUUAAUUUGAGCUUUAAAAAAGAAAAAAGUAAUUCAAAUUGAACAAUUGAAAGUAUUGCCCAAAGUGUUGCUAACUGUAUCCCUUGAAGUAAAGUGUUUAUUGUGUGUUGUUUUUUCUUUUGGACAUUAGAGUGCAUCGUACCUUUCCAUUGCACAUGUAAAGUAUGCUUUUAGUACAUCAAUAAAAACAAUAGGUUGAGUCUUAAUGACCCAUUACAUUUACUUUUUUUUAAAGCUUUCAUUCACUGUGGUAAAGUAUUAAACCUUUUUAUCACUGUGUACGAGCUAUUCCUCUCUAAAACCAUUUUACAACUCAAAAGUCCAGUUCAAGUUGUCAAACACAUUUCCAGUUUAUGGAGUAAGGAGAGUGUAAAUGUGCUGCCACUUUUUGUUGUAAUAUCAAAAUACUUUUUUAUUUAAGUGGUGAAUUUUAAGACGAGAAUUCAUGUUGUUUUAAAAGGGCAUUGGUUUUUAACGUCAGUGGCCAGUCGGUCAUUCACACCAUGUGUGUGGGUUUUCAUGUGUAGGAAAGUGUACAUUUUGUAUCUCAUAAAAAAUAUCCAAUAUUUUUUUCUACUGACAUUGCAACUGUAAAAGUGUAUUUAGAUAUUUAACAAACUUUAAAAUUAAACUGGAAUUGUAUGAUAUUUUUGCUGAAAUUGUAAAAUAAAAGGUUUCUAUAUUUGGAUGAAAA